AUGGUGUCGAUAACAGAUAGCAGUCUUCAGACACCAAUGUAUUUUUUCAUCACCAACCUCUCAUUUUUAGACAUCUGUUAUUCAACAACCGCUGUCCCUAGGAUGCUAAAAGACAAUUUAUCAGUAAAGAAAACCAUUUCAUAUGCAGAAUGUGUAGCACAAAUUUAUGUCGGGCUUUUUCUAGGACAAAGUGAAUGCAUUCUGCUUGCUGUAAUGGCCUAUGAUCGUUAUAUAGCUAUAUGUUAUCCUUUACAUUACACAGUGAUCAUUAGCAGGUCUGUUUGUAUUAAAGCAGCUGCUUGUACGUGGAUAUGUGGGAUUCUGUUAUCCACUUCCCUUGUAGUGCCUACUUGUAAUGUAGGUUUUUGUAGCCCUAAUGAGAUUAAUCAUUUUGUAUGUGAGGUACCAGAAGUCCUAGCACUGGGUUGUGGAAAUACAGCCAUUGUUGAAUUUGUGAUAUUUGCAGUUGGUGUUAUUGUAUUAAUGAUACCAAUCACUUUUAUUAUUUUAUCUUACAUUAGAAUUAUCCUUGCAAUCUUAAAAAUAACGUCCUUUGUUGGACGAUUAAAGGUAUUUUCCACUUGUGGAUCUCACAUCUUGGUUGUAACACUUUUUUAUGGUUCUGCCAUAGCUACGUAUAUGAAACCAAGGUCCAAGUCUUCAACUAAUGUUGAUAAAAUACUUGCUGUGUUUUAUGGGAUUGUAACACCAUUGUUUAAUCCUUUGAUCUAUACACUCAGGAAUGAAGAAGUCAAAACUGCCUUGAAAAAAAUUAGAAUUGGAAAAAUAUUGUCCAUACAUUUGCGAUAUAGAAAAAUAGGUUUUCGAUGA